CCCCAUUCUAUCUCAGGAUCUUACAUCGUCAAAGCACAUUCACGAUAACCUCCACGGCAACAUCUACCUUGAACCGCUUUUUCUGAAAUUUGUGGAUACAGAACACUUUCAGAGGCUUCGUGAUCUUAAGCAGCUUGGACACUACUGUUGAGAACUCAACAACAUAUAUGUUGCAAGUAGAGAAUUGGGUCCAAAAAAUAGAUGGAGUUCAAUGGUAGUUACAUCACAUCCUCAAUGCUCAUCACUUGAUAUUUGGAUAUGCAAAACCUUAUGUGAAGUAAUAAGAAGGUGCAGCUUAUAUGGUAUAUCCUGGGGCAGUUCAUUCUAGAUUCGAGCAUUCUUUGGGAGUGUAUUGGCUUGCUGCCCAAGCUGUUUAUAUACUUCAUAAUCGUCAUCGCAUGGAGCUUGAUAUUGACAAUUUUGAUAUGACGACGGUGAAACUUGCCGGUCUCUUACAUGAUGUGGGGCAUGGACCUUUCAGUCACUUAUUCGAAAACGAGUUUCUUCCACGAGUCCUUGAUGGUUCGAAGUGGUGCCAUGAGCAAAUGUCAGUGAGACUGAUUGAUCACAUGGUUGAUGAGCAUAAUAUUGAUAUGGAUUCUGGGAUUAUUAAAAGAGUAAAGGAGAUGAUACUUGCUAGCUCUAGUUAUGCAUUGCCAAAGAGUGCAUCAGAGAAGCUCUUCUUAUAUGAUAUUGUUGCUAAUGGGCGCAAUGGUGUAGAUGUUGACAAGUUUGACUACAUUGUCCGUGACUCUCGAGCUUGUGGCUUAGGGUGCAACUUUGAGCCCAACAGAUUGAUGGAGCAAAUGCGGGUGUUGGAUGAUGAAAUAUGCUAUCCCGCCAAGGAUUAUCUUACUGUCUACAAGUUGUUUUCUGCUCGUGCUGAUCUCUAUCGGACAGCUUACACACAUCGAAAAGUGAAGGCAGUUGAGCUGAUGAUUGCAGAUGCCCUUAUUCUAGCAAAUUCAUAUUUAGAAAUUUCCUCAUGUGUUCAUGAACCAUCUGAAUAUUGGAAGUUAGAUGAUUCAAUAAUUAAAACCAUUGAGAUUGCUCCAGAUCAAGAAUUGAAGGAAGCUAAGAAUUUGAUACAGCGCAUUAGGAGGAGGGAUUUAUAUCAGUUUUGCAAUGAGUAUGCUGUUCCGCGAGACAAGCUUGAACAUUUCAAAAAUGUUACUUCCAAAGAUAUCAUAUGUUCACAGAAUUCUUCCGGGGUGACAUUAAAAGAAGAUGAUGUUGUUGUGAGCAAUGUCAAGAUUGAUCUGACCCGUGGGAGACUUAAUCCUCUUGAGAACAUAAAGUUUUUCCAGGAUCAUCGUAGUAGCAACAAGUUCCCAAUACCAGAUGAACGCAUUAGCCAUUUGCUGCCUGCGUGUUAUCAAGACAUGAUAGUGAGGAUCUAUUCAAAAAAGCCGGACUUAGUUCCUGCAGUAUCCGAUGCUUUUGAGAAUUUUCAGCUGAAGACCUAUGGUAUAAAAGCACAAGUACAUGGAACGCCAGAAAAGAAAAGGCCCAGAUUCUGAGUAUCCUCAUAUCCUAGUACCUCUCACAGUCGUACGCUGGACGAGUGUACAUACCGUUUUCUUGCACAGGUAACUUCUGAAGAGAAGUUAAAUGCAGGAAAGAGAAGUUGAUUACAAUACAUGCAUAGUUUAUAGGUUUUUAAGACAUAUUUGAUCCUGGUAUCAGCCUAUUACCAGCAUUCAUAUCACCGUUUUGUUUAGGAGUCUCUUCUACAAUUUUGUAACUAGGUAGGUCCGUAGGUAUGUAAAAUUAAAUCGUCCGUGUUUGGUUAACAUUAUGUUUAAGGCUUUAGCAUGAUUGUUGGUUUAACGUAAUGUUAAAAGUUUGGUGACUUUAAAGACACAAUGGCCGUCUAUGUCAUCUUGUAAUAUAGAGCUACUAGUGUGGAUUACACUCUUUACAAAAUAGAUAACCAUGAUUCCUUUAA